AGUCUACCGACAGACUCACACACUCUGCAGACCUGGAUCCGUGCCAUAAUCUGUGGAUGCCACAUUUCUCUGGGAUCUGUGACAUUGCACAACUUGCGUCUCCAGGACUGCGUUCCCACACCGCCGCCCUGGCAAGUGUUUCAUAGCUGCUUUUAUUUCAGCCUCGAGAGAGAGAUUCAUGCGCUGCAUAGUUUCAUCCACCUGUCUCAGAAAACGGGGAGAAUUCUGCACUGCUUUCUCAAAUGUCAAAAAGGGAAUUACUUCUUUAAUUUGUGCACCUACAAAAAAAAAAAAAAAAAAAGAUUUUAUAACCCAGGGGAAACAAGGCCACAGACAGUUGGGCUAAUUCUCUCUGACUGGCAGUCGAAGCUUACGCAACAGUACAGCAGAGGAAAAGUAUACUGCUGGAGAGGUGAAAACAGAGUGGACGUCUGGAGGAUCGAGUGUUCUUUAGAAAGUUACCUGUUCACGAAAGAUGCAACACUUAUCAUGGUUGAUUCUGGCAAUGCUAUGGAUGGUGCAGAGUGUGGACGGCUGCCCUGAAGCCUGCAAAUGCUCCAAGAAAUCUGGCCCAGAAAAGACAGAGGUCAAUUGUCAUAAGAGGGGGCUUCAUGCCUUUCCCUCCAAACUGCCCCCUGAUGUAUGGAUCAUUAAGCUAGGUGAGAAUGGCAUCACGGACCUGAAGGCAAAUAUUCUAAAAUCAGUUCCAAAGAUUGAGAGUAUCAACCUAGAACGAAAUGCAAUCAAGUCCAUCCACCCCCAGGCCUUCUCUGGGGCAAAGCUACUGAUGCUUCUCAAUCUUUAUGGAAAUCACAUCUCUAGCCUUCCGCCAAGAGGGUUUCAGGACCUCUUGAACCUCCGCUUUCUCAUGCUGGGGCAGAACCAAAUUGGUAUUCUCAAACCUGAGAUGUUCGCUGGCAUGAGGAACCUGUCAGAUCUGGACCUUCCUCUCAACGCACUGACAACACUCCCUUCUAACGCCUUCAAACCUCUGAUCGCUCUCAAAGUUCUGGACCUUUCCCUGAAUCGCAUCCAAAGGAUCUCUCCAAAGGCUUUUACUGGACUCAGACAACUACUGUUCCUCAACCUAGACAAUAACAGUCUGAAAACGGUUCCUGCUGGAGUAUUCAAGCCUCUGCGCUCUCUGGAAAUGCUGGUUCUAGACAACAACCUUCUGUCCACAUUGAGUCUUUCAGCUUUGGAUGGCCUGGAUAAUUUGCAGGAACUCUACCUGAGGAAUAAUGAGCUGGAGAACCUGCCAUCUGAUGUGUUCAGCAACAUGCCCAAGCUUUCCCAGCUGGCGCUCAGUGGAAACCGCCUGAAGACAGUGGAUGGAAACAUGUUUGCCCAUAUGCCUGAGCUGAAGAAGCUGUACCUCCAUGACAACCCGUGGCAGUGUGACUGCAACAUCAUCUCCUUGGUGAGGUGGAUGGGACAAACCAAAGCCACCCUGUCACCACAAAGUUCCCUGAAGUGCGUGGAUCCAACCGAGCUCCGUAACAAGAGCCUCAGCAGCCUACAAGCGAACAAACUGCUCUGCCGCACCUAGUGCAAGAAAAUUACAAAAUUGGCUUGGACCCAAAGAGAUCAAAUGAUGAACUUUUCAAAAUAAUUGUAUCAAUUGUGGCCUGGUGUUAACAAAACACACUAGUCUCUUGUGUGAUUUCUCAAAGCUGCAAUGCAAUUGACACAUUUCCCAGUAUAAUGGUAAAUUGUAAAACUGUAUUUUGAGACCUGCACAGUGACGUUUUCAGCUUGAAAUCUUGCAUUAUUUCUCACCUUUUAGGAACCUUUAACAUCUUGUAUUUGUUCAGUAGUUUUCUGUUUGAACCACACUAGGGUAUAUGACUACAGAUAUAUACUGCAGUUUACGCAUGAAAAUAACUAAACCUACACUUAUUUGGUUUGUGUGUGACAGAAAGAAGUGUGUGUUAUCAAAGCAUUUUCCACUAGCAAAAAAUGUAUCUCUAAAUUCAACACUGGGAUUAACAUUAUAAUCUCACAGUGCUUGUCAUAAAGAGACUGUGCAGAUUUGGAAAGUGAUGGAUUACAUGUAAUGGGAUUACAUUAAUCCUUUUCUAGGAGAGGAUUUCUUUAAUCUUUUAUACUUAAAAAUAUAUAAAUAAAUGAAAGCACUUGGUUUGAGAAAUGAUAGACUCUGCCAUCAUUCUGCUCAGCCAAAACUAAAGUUGCAGACAGCUGUAGAAAAUGUAUGUUUAUUGAUUUUGGAAUCUCCAGAUAAGAAUAAAGGCAAAUGAGAACGGUGCAGUUGCCUUGAAACUUCACAUUAAGCUAUGCUUCUAUCCUGGUUUCAGUUUCCUCCACGACUUGGUUGUAUUUCCAACCAAGAUUUUCUUCCGUUCA